ACUCCCUUUCUCUCUCUCUGCAUCGUCUCCCCGAUCAGAGUGCUUAUAUAGCUUCGUCUGGUUGGGUCUUUUCUCUCUGCUCAGGUGUCCACAUUCAUGGCUUCUACGUGACCCAGAGAAGCACGGAUUCACCAUUACAUUCACACACCCAUCUCCCACCGUCUUCCUCCCCUCCCUCUCCACCUUCUCUCUCCGUUGAGCUCCUCGAGUCACAAUGUUUCGCCGAUGGAACAACUCUCAUAGUCACCAGGAGAACGAUUCACUGCCGUCUGAGUCAAAGGUGAAUGAGCUUAAAGCUGCGCUGGGGCCAUUGUCUGAGCGCAAUUUACAGUACUGCAGUGAUGCUUGCCUGAGGAGAUAUUUAGAAGCUCGGAGCUGGAACACAGAGAAAGCGAAUAAGAUGCUGGAAGAGACUCUGAAAUGGAGAUCGGCCUACAAGCCCGAGGAAAUCUGCUGGGACGAAGUUGCAGUGGAAGGCGAGACUGGAAAAGUUUACAGAGCAAGUUUUCACGACCGUGAGGGAAGGUCUGUUCUCAUAUUGAGACCAGCAAUGCAGAACACGGCAUCACUAGACAACAACAUCCGUCAUCUAGUUUAUCUCAUUGAGAAUGCGAUCCUUAACCUUCCAGAAGGUCAGGAACAGAUGUCGUGGUUGAUAGAUUUCACUGGUUGGUCCUUGGGCACGAGCGUUCCUGUUAAAUCAGCGAAGGACACCAUCAAUAUCCUUCAGAAUCAUUACCCCGAGAGGCUAGCAAUUGCAUUCUUGUACAACCCUCCUCGGAUUUUUGAAGCAUUCUGGAAGAUUGUAAAAUACUUCUUGGAUGCGAAAACCUUCCAGAAGGUGAAGUUUGUGUACCCGAAGAACAAGGACAGCGUAGAGCUCAUGCGAUCUUUCUUCGACGAGGAGAAUCUCCCCACAGAGUUUGGGGGAAAGGCCAAUCUAAAGUACGACCAUGAGGAAUUCUCGAGGCUAAUGGCUCAGGACGAUGUUAAGGCGGCCAACCUAUGGGGAUUCAAUCAGAAGGCCGAGAAGAUCUCUCACCCAAGCGCUAAGCACACAGGUGCUGAGGUGGCUCCCGAACCUACAGUUGUUGCACCACCCGCUAGCUGAAUCGAUACUCCCAUAAAUCCUACCAAUUACUAGAUGCAGUAUGAGCGAAAAACGAGCAGGAGAUUGAGGCCGGCCUAACUAGAGGAACCGAGAUGACUUCGCUUUCUUUAUAUACGUGCUAACAACUUGGUAGUUUCUCCACUGAGACGGCUUAAUGUGACACUUCACUUUUUAGGUGAAAAUGGUGUCUGAACUGAUUCUGAAACAUCUAUUACGGAAUGUGCCCUCUCAUAAUCAAUUGAGGGUUGAAAUCGAUUAUGUUCUGUUGGGAUUCCGUUCUGCAUUCAGUCAUUGGAGACCUUUGCUAA